ACGCCAUCCCAAUCGUGUAGGUGAGGUCCUUCGCUCGUUCUACCCCCAUCCCCAUCCUCUAGCUAGUCCAGCCUCCUUCGAGCUCCAAUUCCCCCAAUAAUUCUUGCUUGCAUUGCAAUCUCGGAGCUCUUCUUCUUGCUUCGGUUGCUCAAACAUGUGAGGAGCUGAGUGAUUUUAGCUCAAGCUCAGCUUGGAGUACUGAGGAGUGUGGAGUGCUAGCUAGUAGUUAGUGGAACCAGAGUGGACAGUGGAGUGGAGUAGGAGAGAAGGAAGCAGAAGCUGCCGCGAUGCAGUCCGGGUACGGCGCCGGUGUGUCGGAGUUCCAGCAGUUCAUCAUGGACGGCGGAUUUGCCAUGGCGGCGGCCGCGCCGCAGCAGCAGGCGCAGGCGCAUGCGGCGGCACAGGCAGCUGCUGCGGCGGCGGGCGCGGGGCAGGAGCUGGGCUCGCCCUUCAGGUACCAGCCCCUGCACCACCACGCGAUGCAGCAGCACCACCACCAUCACCAGCAGCAGCAGCACCACGCGCCGCAGAUGCCGCCGCACUUCGCGCACUUCGGGGGCCCCGCGGCGGCCGCCGGCGGGAUUCCGUUCACGCAGCAGCUGCUGCACCACCAGGCGGCCCAGCACCAGCAGCACCACCUCCAGCUCUUCCACGAGCAGCAGCACCACCACCAGCACAAGCCCCAGCCCCAACAUGCGGCGCCGCCGGCGAGGUGGGCUCCGCAGCCACACCACCACCAGCAACAGCAGCAGCAUCACCACCACCACCUGGGGCUGGACGUCGAGGCGGCGGCCGUGCCGGAGACCUCCCGUGCUCCGUCCGGCGGCGCCGCCCCUCCCGGCGUCCCCCCGUUCCUGGCCGCAGCCAUGAACUUCAAGCUGGCGGUCGACACCGGAGGCGGCAGCGGCGCCACGGGCGGCACCGACGACGCCAUGAACGAGGGCGCGGGAGGCGCCAGCAGCGGCAUGAUGCUCCAUGGCGGGGGCGACGACGAGGCGGCCACGGAGAGCCGGGGACGGCGCUGGACCGGCGACGAGGAGACCUCCAUCAAAGAACCCACCUGGCGUCCGCUGGACAUCGACUACAUACACAGCACGAGCAGCAGCAGCAAGAGGGCCGGCGCGGGGAAGGAGAAGGCGGCCACGCCGGAGUCGCCGGCGCCGGCUGCUUCGCCAGCCAAUUACUUCAAGAAGGGAAGCGGCGGGGAUGACAAUGCCGCCGCGGCCGCGUCCGCGGGGGCUGGCGGGAACUACAAGCUGUUCAGCGAGCUGGAGGCCAUCUACAAGCCAGGGAGCGGCGGCGGCGGAGGAGGCGCCGGGCAGACGGGCUCCGGCUCCGGCCUUACGGGCGACGACAAUGCCAUGCUCCCGCCGCCGUCCAUGGCGGAGCUCCCGGGCGCGGCUGCCACGGCCGAGGAAGCGCCACAGGCGAACAUGUCGGAGACGUCGGCGGGGGAGGACGCGGCCGCCGUGGUGCAGCCGCCGCCUCCACCGCAGGCGCAGCAGCAGGCGUCGGCGGGCGAGGCGCGGCGCAAGCAGCGGAAGCGGCGUCGCCACGAGGUCCAGAGCGCGUCGGCGUCCUUCUUCGAGCGUCUGGUGCAGCGGCUCAUCGAGCACCAGGAGGGCCUCCACCGCCAGUUCCUGGACGCCAUGGAGCGGCGCGAGCGGGAGCGCGCGGCGCGCGACGAGGCGUGGCGUCGGCAGGAGGCCGAGAAGUUCGCGCGCGAGGCCGCCGCGCGCGCGCAGGACCGGGCCAGCGCCGCCGCCCGGGAGCAGGCCAUCAUUGCGUACCUCGAGAAGCUUUCCGGCGAGGCCAUCGUCCUCCCGCCGCCGGCGCCCAUCCCCGCGCCCGCGUCAACGGACGACGCGACGAGCCAUGACAUCGGUGUCGGCAGGGAGCUCGUCCCCUACGACGGUACCGACACGUCGCUGCCGCUGAUGAGCUCGUCGUCCCGGUGGCCGAAGCACGAGGUUGAGGCGUUGAUCCGGGUGCGGUCGGGGCUGGACGGCCGGUUCCAGGAGCCCGGGCUGAAGGGCCCGCUGUGGGAGGAGGUGAGCACGCGCAUGGCGGCGGCGGGGUACGGCGGCCGGAGCGCCAAGCGGUGCAAGGAGAAGUGGGAGAACAUCAACAAAUACUUCCGCAAGGCCAAGGAGAGCGGCAAGAAGAGGCCAGCGCACGCCAAGACAUGCCCCUACUUCGACGAGCUCGACCGCCUCUACUCGCGCACCGGGUCCUCCUCAGGCGCCGCCGCUGCCGGCAACAGCAAUGCAAUCGUCGCCGGCACGGGCACCGUCGACGCCGCCGGCAAGCAAGGUAGCUCGGAGCUGCUCGACGCGGUGGUCAAGUACCCUGCCGACACGCACUACGGCCUGCCCCCAGGGUUCCCGAACGACGACGCUGGACGGGAGGCUGGCAAGAACGACGGUGCUGCGCACCAGGACGGCGAGGACGACGAUGACAUGGGCAGGUCGACGUCGGGACGAGGGCACGAGGACGAAGUGGACCAGAGCCAUGGCCACGACGACGACCAUUAGACCAAGGAGCUUAAGUUAAUUAGGAUGUCAUGAGAAAUUUAGCUAGCUCUAUGGAUGGAAAUUUUCUUCCUUUUUGUUGUUAGCGCCGUUGCUUUGUUCUUAGCUAUGAUCCAUCACUUACUUGUUAGUACUACUACUGCUGCUUAUAUAUGUACAAGAGAUUAGUUUUAUUGAUCAAAUUUCAUAAUCACAGCUAGGUUGCUAGCUAGCUCCCUA